CUUAUUAAAUAGAUUAAAAUGGGGUUGGUCUCUCUGACCGCGAUUACAUGUGCGUUUUUCUUACUGACUUCGAUCGGUCAACUUCAUCAAAGGCAAAGUAGUCAAAGCAAUGAUGACUUUGCGGAGUUUGAUGACGAGGAGUUUGAUGGCGUUGCGCCUCCGGAAGACACCGGGAAACCAGAGGACCACAUACCUUUGGACGGAUCCAAAAUUCAAAAAGAGGCAACUGUGAAGGAAAGGGGUCCGAAAGACGACGACGUUGAAGAGAAGAAGGCGUCUGUGAAGAGUGGAACUGCAGACAAAGAUUUCAAAGCUUUCGAAGACGAUGUGGACGAAGACGAUGAAGUCCUGAUUGAAGAAGAGAGUGAAGGUAAGGAGAAGCCAAUGCCAGACCUCUCAGUGAAGACAGAUGGUCUGAAAGUGAUCAGUGUUCCGGAACACCUGCGAACGAAAUGGGAUGGAUUCUACCUGGAGUUCAUGCUGCUACUGGGGCUGGUGUCUUAUGCACUCAACUUCUUCUACGGAAAACAGAAAAACCAGAAACUGGCGUCUGCGUGGCUGGACACGACUAGAAGUACCCUGGAGCGCAACUUCUCAGUGGUGGGCGACGAUGGUACCCUUAAGGAGCCUCCCUCUGUGACGAGUGCAACCUACUCGCCUGUGCUGAUGAAGGAGACAGAACAUGUAUUCAGUCUCUGGUGUUCCGGAAGAGUGGGCUGCCAAAGUCUACUCAUUGACCUCAAGUUCGUGAAGCGACAAGAUAUCAUUUCAUUGAUCAGCCGAGUGAUGAAACCCACCAGCGAUCUCAUGGAAGUCAAUGUUACAUUGGAAGAGGACUUCGAGCCCUUAAUUUUCGCCUUCGGAACCAAAAAAGUUCUCUCAAAGAAUCUCAAAGAGUUACAAGACUUGAGCAGUUAUUGUGACGGGCGGAAGAGUUGUGAGAAGUUCAAACUCACUCAGUACUUCUACGCCUCCGAACUGGUUGAGACUCCAGACUUUGUCAUUGACUCCGAGCUCCUGAAGUUCUUGAAGACCUACCCAGAUUUACUGGAGUAUCUGCACAUCUCAGACCAGUUCAGCGGUAAGAAGCCUGACGAACAAGCAGCCGCUUCCGGAACCCCCGUUCCGCCCACGGCAGUGGCCAAAGUUCUCCAGGCCAGAUUCGUGAUGCCCAAGUUCGGAAGGACACAGGCGGAGGAUAUGGAGCUGAUGCUUCCUUGUCUGAAGCUGAUGAUCUAUUUUGUGGACAAACUGAAGAAAUUGAAGCUUACCAAGGAGGCAAAGACGAAGGCAGAGCGUAAUCGGACGAAGAUGGAGGAGGCGGUGAGUCGGAUGUUGCACAGUCAGAGACAAGAGAGUCAGCAGCAGAGAAAGGAGGAGAAGAUCAGACUGGAGAAGGAGCGACUCAUGACCGAGACAGACCCGGAUAAACUCAGGAAGCUAGAGGAUUUGCAGGCGAAAAGAGACCGAAAGAGAAAUCAGCCGAAAAUGAAAUCGAUGAUGGUUCGUAUGAAGUGAACAGAAGAACAAAGAAGUGAGCUUCGAGGUCUGAUUGCUGAUACAUGGUAUAACCCAACUCUCAAAGAAAAAAAUCUUCGCAAAUUUGUCUUACAAUCGCCUCCCAUGUCACAUCAAUUCAUUUCGGAAAAGACAUCUCCUCCCCGUCAAAACGUCGAUAUGUAUCUAAUAUUUAUUAUUUACGAUGCUACUUAUAAUCUAUUGUAUUUUCAAUUUGUUCCAUGUGCGUAUGCUGACUUCCAAUGAAAGCUUCGAAUGAUUCUGGCUUGGUUAGAUUGAGCCGAACUGAUUUGAUACUCGAUUUUUCAUGUAGCUACAUCAACUUGGCUAGAUCGAGAGAUCAAAAGAAUCCUUUCUUCAAUUUGUGAUGGGAAUAUGUUUUUUUGUUAAAUUGGUUUAUCUGAGGAUAUUUAAAAAAAAAUUGUGGCAAUGCCUUCAAAAUCUUUGAUCUUUCAUUGUAAGUUUGAAAUGAAAUCCUUAAUGUCUUUGCUUGGUUAAUUUCCUUAAUUUUUUAAAAGUUCUUCUUUCCUAUGAAGUACCUUACAGACAUGUUUAUUUGAAUAUCCCCAAGUGAAAGUAAAAAUUGUUCGAUGUAUAUGAUACUGUGGAAAUAAUGCCGUCAUGUAAAGAGGCAUCAGUAUCGAGAAAUUAUCAAAUUAAAUUUCAGUACUAAA